GCUUGCUACGUCGAUCGUUUUCUGUCAAGAAGAGCCGGCGAUAAAUGUGAAGAAAAUUGUGUUUCGUAUUAAAUUAAAGCGUUUAUCUUAGUAAAAUAGUGUUAAGAUUGUAGAGUCAGACUUAGUUCUGACCUAGACCUCUUCAAAAAUGAGUAUUCGAGGUCUAUUGUUCCUCGUAUUGAGUGUGGCAGCCAUCAGUCAUGCGAGCAUUCUACAAAACACAAUAGACCUUAAGAAGCUACAGGGGAUCCUCCAGGAGGGCGUCAAGAGCAAAGACAUCUCCACACUAUACUACUCACUGAAAGGACUCCAACUGUUGAAUGCUAAAAUACCUGAUGUUUGUCAGGAAAUCAAAGCAUUCAAGUUUGACACCUCAAACUUGGAGCAGAUCUUCCACUUGACCAAUGCAGCAGCAAUCGCAGGCUGUGUCAACUUCCUAAAUCCACAAGUCCUGGCUGGACCAUCAAAGUUUCUAGAUAAGAAGGAUGCGACCAUUGCUGAACUGUACCAGUCGGUGUAUGCUUUGAAAGCUCUGGGUAAAGGAGCCAUCUUCAACAAGGAUGAAGGUUUAAAGAAUCUCAUUCAGUUGUUGAAGAAAGAUGAUUCCCCUUCUAACUACGGGUACGUGUUCGCGCUGUGCGAGCACAUGGGCUGCGAGAGCUGGACGGCGUCGCACGCGGAGGGCGUGCUGCUGGCGGCCGACGAGACAGACGCGCGCGCGCUGCACUUUGAGGGUGGGCUGCCCACCACCGCGCUGCUGCUGGGGACCAUCGCCAGGUCGUACAAGACCCUGAAGAAGCCGUCCCCGCUGUCGGAGGAGCAGCGCUACAAGUUCGCGCAGUACCUGGUGUCCCGCCGCGUCGUGUCGUCCGCGCGCGGGGCCGCGCUGCUGCUCGAGGCGGCGCUGGCGCUCGGGGACGAUGACCCAACCCCGAUCAGCAUCGCAAUCAAGGGCCGCAAGUACAUCACAUCAGACGCCGACACUAUCGAGUUCACAGUGUCCGACCUAGUGGGGCGCCCUGUGCGCGGUCUCAAGCCUGAAGAAGUAGUAGCACAGUCCGGCACACGCUUGGCGGACGACGUCGUAGUACUGUCUAAACAACCGUUAGUACAGAAGCCCGGGGAACCGACCACUUUUGUCCUGAAUUUGAGCAAGAUCAAAGCCCAAUACGGGCUAUACAAGAUUGCUCUAAGUGCAGGAACGAAGAGUUCCAUAGUGAAUGUGGCAGUGUUGGGUGAGAUUCAAGUCAGCAGCGUGGAGGUCGGGUUGGGUGACGUGGACGGCACAACAAGCCCGAAGAUCACUACUGUGAACUACCCCAACAAGCUGACGGAUCAUCUACAGGCUGAUCAUCUACAGAAGGUGUCCCUGAAGUUCUCGGUCCGCGACAAGUACAACACGCCCGUGUUGGUGCAGCAAGCGUUCGUGCGCGUGGCGAGCACCAAGGGAGAUGACGAAACCAUCUUCGUGGCCGAGCCCGAUAAUUCCAAGGCGUACAAAGUUGAACUGAACGUGGGCAACAUCGCGAAGCACCUGAACUUCGCCUCGGGCGCGUACUCGCUGACCAUAUAUCUGGGUGACAGCGCCGUGUCCAACCCUAUCGCUUGGACCAUCGGCAACCUGCACUUCAACUUCGGCAAAGACGCUUAUGCUGUUGGCGAGCCCGUGCCCGCGUCGGGCGUGUCCCGCGGCCCCCUCCCGGAGAUCGCGCACGAGUUCCGCUCCCCGGAGGCGCGGCCGCCGCGCGCCGUGUCCGACGUGUUCGCGUGCGCCUGCGCCGCGCCGCUGCUGCUGCUGCUGCUGCUGUGGGCCAAGCUCAGGGUCAACCUCGGACACUUCCCAAUCUCACUCAGCGCGCUCGUCUUCCAUUUGUCGCUUGGAGGUUCACUAGCGCUAUACGGCGUGCUGUGGCUGAAGCUGUCGAUGUUCGAGACGGUGCGCUACCUGCUGCCGCUGGGGCUCGUCACGUUCCUGUCGGGACACCGGCUGCUGCGACGCCUCGUGCAGGACAAGCAGACACGCUAAUGUACACCGCAGCUUGACUACGGGACACUUGGCAUAUAUUAUUAUUAUUGCGUAUGGCAGACAAAAAUAAAAUAUCCUGCGUGGAUCAUAUAUCCAGCUUAUGCUCCCCUAACCAAGUCUCUGCCGCAUUCGUCACACAAUGCAGCCCAUAUAUUAGAAAUUCUUAACGGAAUGCCUAUUCGGCCGGACACAAACCAGCUCUAAAACUAGUGUCGUCCUGCUCUUACAAUAAGUGCAAGAAAGAUAGCUAGUUUUAGUGCUGUCAAAAGUGAUCGAUUUACUACAUUUUAUAACGUAACAAGUAAUCCGUUGUUGCGCUCGUGGUAAGAAUGUUGUACCCGUCCCUCUAUUUCGUUAACAUGAGUCUUGUAUCUGCCUAAUAUUAGGCUAGUUUCCAACUAGUCAAAUCAGUUACUUUUCAAUAAACGCCAUAACACAAAAUUACUACGGAAUUUGUAUGAAAAAGCACACUGUGACGUCAUAGAAAAACGUAAUAAAAUGAAGGACUUAUUAUUACGUUUUUCUUGAUUAAAAUUCAUAAAUAAGCUAAGUAAAUAGAAAAAAUGAAAUGUUUUUCGUUAGUUUUAGAUCUGUCUGUAUUUAGAAAUCAGAAUUUCGUAAUUUAUCUUGAACCUAGUACACGACCAAUUUAAGGCAAAAUUAGUCACAAAAAAGAAUGAUUUCAGCUUAGUCAUCUAUAGAUGUUGAUAGCCGCGCACAGCUGCUCACCAAAGCUAUUUUUUUGUUGCUUAAAAGUUUUUUAUUACUCAAUUAGAAUACCACAAGCGUCCCGUUGUCAAGCUAAAGUUAGAAUUAGAGUAGGAAUAAGCGUGUCUUCGCCCGACCGCACAACCAAAGGGUUUAUAACUUUUGGAGUCAACAAAGUGCAUUUUAUUUAUAUUAUGUCGUCACCAGUGUUACUUUUUAUGUAAGAUUUGUUUGGGUAUGUGCAAGUGUGACUUAUUCCUAUUUUAUCAAAAAUAUUUAUAAGCAAUUCAUUAUCACCAUUCCUGCAUUUUGAGAACACAUUUGGAUGUUGUGUUUUAUAUUUAAGUGUGUUCUUUAAAGGGCAUAAUUUCAUCUAUAGAUUUUUUAAUAAAUGAUGUGAUUCGUU